AUGGGCCCUAAACGGAAACGAGGUAAAAGAGCACGUAAACCAGUACGUACUGCGCAAGAAUUGAAAAAAGAAGCAUUCUCUCAUGAACUUAAGCUUAGUACUUUAAACACGAAACGUUAUCAAAGUUUCUGGAGAGAAAUGCUUACACGUAUAAAAAUGCCGGAUAUCUAUAAAAAGAUCGACAUAAUUUGGCAAACUUUGGAACAUGUUUUCGAUCUCAAGGACUACAGCAUCAGUUUAUUAUUGGAUAGUCUACAAGAUGCCGAAGAUCAACGUCGUAGAGCAAAUGGUGCUCAUAUAGAAAUAUUUAAUCGAUCUUUGGAAGCACAUGAAGCUCGGCUAGCAGAUAUUGAUAACUUUUUCCAUCAAAAAAUUAAAACAGCGUUAGCUGAUAAAAUCUUUACUUUCGAAAAUAUAAAUUAUCAUCGAAAUCAGAAAGAAACUAUUUUACGAAAAAUUAACUUAUUUGUAAACCAACGAGGAGAAAAUAUCGCAAAUAUCGCAAGAAGUACUGCAUUUAGUAGAAUUGAUGCAUUUGUGGAAGAUGGAGAUAAUGAAAAAAGAACAACUAUAACGUUACUUCAAAGGAAACUUGAAAAUCUUUGGAAUAAUUUGCGAAAUGUUUAUUCUGAUUAUCGAAAAAAUACAGAAAUGCGGCGAAAAGAUUACGAGAUAAUCAAGAACAAGGAUCAUAUUGAUCAACAAAUAAUAACUAAACAAUAUCUUCGUAUCGCGAAUCUUCUUGAUGAGAUUAUGAAAUAUCGUAAUAAAAUUAAAUUUCAUGGAAAAGAAUCUGGAAAUGAAUUAGAAGAAAUUUUACGAGAAUCAAAUUUCUUUCAUAAUAUCUACCGAGAAACGAAUGAACGUUUUAUUCUUGGUCAUAAAAAAGAUAAACAUAGAACGAUGACAAUGUGUAAGGAAUAUAAUCAUAGUGUAAAACAUAUGAAAGCUUUAAUGGUCAAAGCUGAACGCAUACUCGCUUAUAUACAAAUGUGUCGAAAAUAUGAAACACAAGAUGAAAAAAUUCUUCCUAUAAUAAAUAGUCAUCCUAUGCAAUUAUCACUAACCGAUGAUAAUGAUAUUAUUCCAAUUCAAAUGAUUACGAAAGAUUUUGAACAAACGAUUAAUUUUUGGCGUCGAUUAGGUUUUGCACAAUUAAUUACUGCAGAACUUCAAACUCAAAAAGAUAAAUUAUUGAUGCAAGCAAAUGAUCUACGAAAAUUAGUGAAAGACUAUCUUGCCGAUCAAAGAAAUUCAACAUAAUUCAAUAUGUCUAAGUCAAUAUAUCAAUACAAAAAAAUCUUAUUAAAAAUUGAUUUUAUUAUUAAUACAAGUGGAUAUCAUCGAUCAUAGCCAUUUUCUUUUUAUAUACAGAAUAAAACGAAAAGUAGGAAUGUCAGUAAAUUUUAAAUUUUUUAUGCAUUUCUGUAACAAAAAUUAUAAUUAUACAUAUGUUUAGAUAUAUUUCAAUCUUAACAAAUAAAAUGUAUAAAAAUUACAGACUUAUUAUAUAAUUGCAAUUUUAAUCUGUUUCACAUUUAAUUACAUGAAAAAUAGUAUUGCUAUUUAUUGUAUUAAUCGAAAAUUAUACUACUAUAGAUACAAUAAAUAUAAUUUCAUGAUAACAUGAAACACAAGUGACAAUUCGUCACUUUCAAUGAUUUAUUCAUUCCAGCAAGGCCAGUCUUUAUGCUUUUCUCAGGUAUAUUCUUUUUGCUGAAUAACUUAAUUUUCACAAGUGAUUAUAAAAAUAUUAUGCUCUAAUGAAUUAACGUGAUUUAUGUUUAUGCGCUAUUCGUGAUAACAUUUUAUUGCCUGCGAGAAAUGUGACAAUACCAAGGCCGACGAGAUAUCGAAGAGUAACAAACAUGUUUAGUUUUAACCAAAAUAUUCCAAAAAGUGUAAAAAUACCUGAAAAACAAGUUAAGAAUUAUUGAAAAAUGAUAGAAUAUACAUAAUUAUAUCAUUUAAGAAGAUAUAAAUAAAUAUUAAUAUUGUUGUGAGAUAUGGGCUACAACUGCAAUAUAAUAAUUACACUUGCGAAAAUUUCACAUUUUUUUAUGCCCGAAAUACAACAAAUUAAUCAAAAAUGAUUAUUUGUCAAACAUUGGGCAUAUCUCAAUUAUAUUAUAUAUUAUAUAAAUCUCUAUCUAGAGAAUUACAUUUUGCGUAAUAUAAACCACAUAUGUUAUGUACAAACUCUUCAAACGAUGACUCUAUCUAUAUGGUCAGAUAUGUUAUGUUAAAAAAGAUAUUCAAAUUUAUUCAUACAUAGCACCAAUAAAUGUAAAUAUUAAAGUCGAAUAAAAAUAUUUAUCUAUUAA